GAGGAGAACUAAAUGUAUGACUGACUGCUUUAAUUAAGGUCGAGCAUAUGCUGGAAAAUAACAAAUAUGGAGAAAGACAGUCGCAGCAUUGUGCUCCAUCUCUCAGUCUGGAUCCUCAGCUCCUCCCACGAGCGUGCGGGGCUUCAUUUCAUCAAAUACUUCAACUUGGACCAUUUAGGCUGAGCUGCACUUUUACUACACUGCAUUUGGGCAACGCCACAACUUGCAGCACUUCCUCUCCCACCGCACUGAGAAGGCAGAGACAAGAGUCGGGGAAAGGACUCCUGGCAUCCACAGCAUCGACCACCAGCGAUGGAGAGGGAGGUCAGCUUCUGCCCAAAGUGGCAAAGUGCGCUCUGGGUUCUGCUUUUCAUCGUGUCCUGUCUCUACAUCGCCGAGGCUGAGAUAACUUGCAGGUCGUGCCAGCCUGGAAAUAAGUGGCGUGUGCAGGAAUUACUGCUGAAAUUUGACACAAGUGAACCCGCAACAGGGUUAAAGCGAGAAGUUUUUGGGAAUGGAAACCGGGCAGAGAGCGCCAAGAGUCGACGGCUCCCCUGCGAGGCUGGAUCCGCCGAAUGCGCUCCAGACCGGGCGGGAUACGUGGGCUCGAAACUGAAACGGAGUACAGACAACCUGCGCACCGAAGGUGAGCGUUAUGAGCUGCUUUCUAAAGAAAUGAAAGUUUCACUGGGCAAAAUGAGUGAUCAGCACGAGACUGGCGACAGUGAGACUUCUGCGGUCCGACACAGAGAGCGCGCCAUUAGGAACAAGGUUGGCACUGGAGUCCAGGAUCAAGCCCCGGCAGAGGGCACCGGCUCGGCUGCCAGACGCAGAGUGACGCGUUCUGAAUUGCGCUGGAGCGGAGAGGAGCGCAGAUCCGCCGGGACGAGGCAGGAGGAGCCAAAACUUAACAGUUCAACGUUCGCCCUGACCGGGGAUUCAUCCCACAACCAGGCCAUGGUGCACUGGUCCGGCCAGAACAGCAGUGUGAUUCUGAUGUUGACCAAACUGUUUGACUUCAACCUGAACAGUGUGACGGAGAGUUCGUUAUGGAGGUCAACGGACUACGGAGCAACGUACCAGAAACUGAAUGACAAAGUGGGAGCAAAAACCAUCCUCAGUUAUUUAUAUGUGAGCCCCAACAACAAGAGAAAGAUCAUGUUGCUGACUGAUCCAGAGGUGGAGAGCAGCCUUCUGAUCAGCUCAGAUGAAGGAGCUACUUAUCAGAAGUACCGACUGAACUUCUACAUCUUGAGUCUGCUCUUCCACCCCGAACAGGAGGACUGGAUUCUGGCCUACAGCCACGACCAAAAGCUCUACAGCUCAGUGGAGUUUGGACGAAGGUGGCAGCUUGUACAUGAGAGAGUGGCUCCUAAUCGUUUCUACUGGUCAAAAAUGGGUUUGGACAAAGAGCCGGGCUUAAUUCACCUGGAAACCAGCAUCUCUGAAGGACAGGCGUUGUAUGUCACCUGCAAACUACAGAACUGCUCGGACGCCAACAAGGGCAAACCAUUCCCCGGCUACAUUGACCCCAAUUCUCUGGUGGUACAAGAUGAGUAUGUGUUUGUCCAGGUGUCCACUGCAGGGAGACCAAUCUACUACGUUUCUGCCAAAAGAGACGUCUUCACCCCGAUGAAGCUGCCCAAGUACACCCUGCCCAAGGAACUGCAUGUUAUCAGCACAGAUGAGAACCGUGUGGUCGCAGCUGUACAGGAGUGGAACCAGAAUGAAACCUACAACCUGUAUGUGUCUGACACGUCGGGGGUGUACUACAGUCUGGCUCUGGAGAACGUGGUCAGCAGCAUGGGGCUGGAGGGAAACGUCAUGGUCGACCUCUACGAGGUAGCAGGAAUCAAAGGGAUGUUCCUUGCCAAUAAAAAGACAGAUAGCCAAGUGAAGACCUACAUCACUUACAACAGAGGCAGAGACUGGAGGUUACUACAGGCUCCAAGCAAAGACCUGAGGGGCAACAGCAUUCACUGUGUGCUGCCGUACUGUUCCUUACAUCUCCAUCUUCACGUGUCUGCAAACCCGUACACAUCUGGAAACAUCGCCAGCAGGGACUCGGCGCCAGGGAUCAUUGUAGCAUCAGGCUCCACUGGCUCAGAACUGACCACCAGUAAUGUCAGUGUUUUCAUCACCUCCGAUGCAGGAAACACAUGGAGACAGAUCUUUGAUGAGGAGUAUGCUGUGCUUUAUCUUGACCAAGGAGGAGCCUUGGUUGCAAUAAGACACACUCCGCUUCCCAUCCGACACCUGUGGUUGAGCUUUGAUGAAGGACGGCAGUGGAACAAGUACAGCUUCACCAACUCGCCUCUGUUUGUGGACGGGGUGCUGGGGGAGCCUGGAGAGGAGACUCUCAUCAUGACGAUCUUCGGGCAUGUCAGUCAUCGCUCUGAGUGGCAGCUGGUGAAAAUAGACUUCAGGUCCAUCUUCAACAGGAGGUGCACAGAGGCGGAUUAUCAGACUUGGCACCUACAUAACCAGGGUGAGCCGUGCCUCAUGGGAGUAAAGAGAAUCUACAGGAAGCUGAAGCCCACAUCCAGGUGCGUCAUGGGGAAGACGUACUCUGUGACGAUGACUUCGGGCCCCUGCGACUGCACAGAGGCCGAUUUUGAAUGUGAUUAUGGUUAUGAAAGACGGAGUGAUGGCAAGUGUAGUCCUGCCUUUUGGUUCCAUACAUCAUCCAUGUCCAGGAGCUGCACCACAGGAAUGACUUUCCUCAACAGCACUGGCUACAGGAAGGUCGUGUCGAAUAACUGCACGGCUGGGGUGAGCGCCGAGUACACGGCCAGGCGGCAGCAGUGUCCCGUUCAGGCUCCCAGAGGUCUCCACCUGGUCACCAGUGAGGGCUCACUGAGUGCCACGCUGGGUGCAAACGUCACCUUCCUCGUCUUUCUGGAGGAGGGUGAUGGAGCAAGGACCAGCAUCACCGUGGACUUCGGAGACGGACACGCUCUGACGUAUUCCAACGUGAGCUCCAUCGAAGAUGGAGUCAAACACAUCUACAAGGCUGUGGGAAUCUACCGAGUGAUUGCCACUGGGGAGAACAGCCUCGGCUCAGAGACCGCCACCCUUUAUCUGCACGUCACCUGUCAGCUGGAGUAUAUCCAUCUCUCAGCUCCCUUUGUGGCGGUGAGGAACAAGGAAGUGAACCUGACUGCUGUUCUGUGGCCCAGCCAAGUGGGAACAGUCACCUACAUCUGGUGGAUCGGAAAUAACACCGAGCAGCAGCCAGUAAUCACCCUGGAGGGAAGCGUGGCGUGCACGUUCUCCAGGGAAGGCGUCAAUACAGUCACGGUGCAGGUGUCUGCGGGGAAUACCAUCCUGCAGGACAGGAAAAGCAUCGCUGUCCACGAAUACUUCCGAUCUCAUCUGCUUGCUUUUUCAUCAAACCUGGACGAGCACAACCCCGACGUGGCAGAAUGGAGGCUGGAUGUGAGCCGGGUCAUCAAGAGCUCUCUGAUCCAGGCUACAGGUGUGAAAGAGGAUCAACUUCUUGUCACCAUCCUGCCAGGUUUACCCACAGCAGCAGAGUUUUUCCUCCUGCCCGACAAACAGAUAACAGAAGGGAAACCAGAGAAGAGCUCUGCUCAUUUAGAUCAGCUCUCUGAGGUUCUGCUGAGCGCCCUGAACCAAAACCUUGUCCAGUUUACAUUGAAGCCAGGAGUCCAGGUCACUGUGUAUGCAGCGCACCUAUCAGCAGCGCCCCUGGUGGACACCAGCGAGAACCACAGUGGCUCUGCCAUGCUUAUGCUGCUAUCAGUUGUGGUUGUGGGUUUAGCUGUAUUUAUCAUCUACAAAUUCAAGAGGAAGAUCCCAGGCCUCAACGUCUAUGCGCAGAUGCAGAACGAAAAAGAACAAGAAAUGAAGAGUCCAGCUUAUCCAACAGAGGCCCCGCCCAGCGCUCAGCAGGACUUGGUGCAUUCGUUGGAGAUUCUGGACACAGAGUUUAACUCACGGCCCAUCGUGAAAGGGUCCAGUCAGCUGGAGAACAGAGUAUGACAGUGCAGUGGCUUCUUAGUGGAUGUAUGAAACCUCAUGUACAUGUGAAAUUCUCCACAGAACUCCCCACGUACAUCGUCUAAACUCUGGAUUGGAUUUCCGCUCCAGCUCCAUGGAUAUUUUUUUACCAUUUGGGACACAAUGGUUUUGAGCUUUAUAUACCUGUGCAUGUUGGACCCUGCUGACACUGUGCUCUGUUCAAACCAGAAGAAACAGGUUUUUCAGUUGUCUUUUAACACGUCUAUUUAAAGGCAGCUUGAAUGAGAGGGCGGGAGAGAGGUGGGGGAGACCACGUGAUAAGCAGCAGUGUUUGGAUUUACUUGCAUAUCUCAUAUUGGUUUGCUGUUCUCUGAAGCUAACAGCAUUUGUGUAUUAUUUAUUAGUCAUAUGGAUAUACUUUUCUGAAGUAUGUUAUUGAAGUGAAUUAAACAUCUUUUGUAAAUCAUGAAUGUCAAUGUUAGAAAUUUGUGUAUUUUAAUAACAAAUAUCAUACUAAAAAGCAAUGCGGUUAUAAAAUAUGAAUAGGGUACUUUAAAGCUUUUGGUCUGUUGUCCUCAAAAAGCUGAUUUAUGGCACAAUACAUAUUUUAUACAGAAAUAUUCCUCUCUUUUUAUUUUAAUUCCUUAACACCAGUACUACAGGGUUUAGUUUUCAGGAUUCAUUUUGCUGUUAAUCUGACGCUUCUGGUACUAUUUAUGAUACAUACCAGUUUGUAAAAUGUUUUAUGCUUCUAAAAUGCUUCACUGCAUCUUCCCGCAGCAGCGUAUCCCCAGACAUGUCCUUAACUGUUGAGGAUGAAGUAGAUACCAACAGAGGCGUCUCAGUUAUCCUCGACCUGGUUCUUGAGCUCCUGCAGGAGAGCAGAGGAAGGCUUAUCAAGGCUCAGAUUUAAGGUGGCAGCUGGAAGGAGAUCCAGCUACUUUGCAGGAGAAUUCAAAGAGCGUGGCAGCCAGAGGGAGAGAGAGACAGAGAGAGAGAGAGAGAGAGGCUAAGAGAGAUGGAAGAGAGCUUAUUGAGGACACGAUGCAUUAAGAUCGUUCCAGUGGACAGAACAAGAGGAGGUUGACUUCUUGAAUACUUAAUGUGGCCCCCGUCAGGCUUAAGGCUCGCUAAGGUUGGUGACACAUUUAGGCUAAUGUCCUGACCCGCUGCAGUGCAGCACCCGUUUGCUUCCCAGGUCUUUUUAACGAGGAGCAGGGGAAGUGGAGCGCAGAUGCCGCUAGGCUACAUGGAUGGUUAGCUUGCUCAGAGGAUUGUCAAACCCUUUGCUGCUUGAGAUCUGACGGAUGGAAACGGCUGAUUGAUGCCUUCCAAAUCUGGAGUUUUAGUUUUAGGAAAAAUGUGGGAGAUUUUCUGACAGCUUUGGGUUUUCUUUUCUACAGCUGUGUAGAUAAAGCUGAUUACCUGCAUUCAACAGUGAACCACACAGGGGAGUGAUGAAGAAGUGCAACACGCACUGACUUUUGAACUUUGCAUCGACUCAUGGAGAUGCUCGGGGAAUCUUUACAGCGCCUGCUGGUCCAACAGUAGGUUCUGUAACGAUUCCUCAGUCAUUUCUCUCCUGGUUCUGAAAUCAUUCGUUUAUCCAAGUAGAGUUAGUCUGUGCUCUGUGGUUGUGAAUGCAGGAGGUGUCUGUUAUAAUUAAACAAAUACAGACUACAAAGAGAAAUGACAGGAUCAGGAGAUCAACAGCUGGUUUACAGUCAUAUGGAAAAGAAAUUAGAAUUUUAGGUUUAAUACUGAUCAUAAUUUAACACUUUAAAACCUGUGGUCCCCCAAAUUGAAGGCCUUUGAGAACAAACUGUGCCAUUUUUGAGACCUGAACUCAAACCUCUGUUUUUGUUUCUACUUUACUUUAUCAGAGUUGGCCUUGCAGAGAUCAUGUAUAUUGCACUAUGUUUUGAUUGAGGUUUACAGCUGUAUCAUUCUAAAGGAUUUUCAUCCUGACAGUGUUUGUUUUAGCCGAGCUUGAAACUUAUUUCAUUUGUGUUUUGUGCCAUCUUCAUUCAUUCUUUAGCAGUAACACAUAUUCUGAUUUACACUUCUUAAGAAAUCUAACACGUGUUCCCUUUAUUAUGACUAAAAGUACUCAAAUAGACCUUGUACGUGGAGAGAUAUACAAGUUUCAUUAAAGGUAUGCAACUUUCAUGCAGAUUAAUUAAAGGCUGUACUUCCUUUCCACAUGGCUGUAUGUCUGGAAGAUGGAAGCAAACAGCUGCACAGUACUGGUUGAUUUUUAGUGCUUCUGGAUUUAGUUAAUAGUAACUCUCCAACCAGACAUUAAAUCAAAUAAGAAGAGAACAUUGUUAAAUAACAGCUUUAAUGGCUUUUUUAUUUAUUUACACAUGAUCAGGAUACUUGGCAAACACUCCUCUUCAACUGAGCAUUUUUUACUCCACAGACACUUAAUCGCCCUUGAUCUGAUUCCCAGUAACAUGUUUCCCAUCAUGCAUCAGUGCAACUUCAUUUUUAAGUUCAAGAUUGGAAAACUGUUUAACAGGCUUUUUCUAUAUGUGGUUAAAUCAUUCAAGCAGUUUGAGGUAAAAGAAACGAACUAGGCUGCUCCUCUCGUGUUUCCUUCCACUCCCACCUUGUUUUGCUGGAUGAUUGUGGGGUUUUGAGCAGGGUUGGUUGAAUUUCUGUUGCACUACUAUAAUUUGGUCAAAUAAAGUUGGGAACAUAUAUCAUGACACUGGGAAAAGCAAGUGUGUGAACACUGAAAUUUACAGGAACAAAUAUAAUCAUAGUGUAAUUUUUAGUGUAGAUUUUAGGUUUCAGAUAUGAAUUCAUAUAUUGUUGCAGCACUUGCAAUUUUAUUUGCAUUUUUAGUUCCAGGAUAAAGUUUACACUCAGUCGAGACGUCUUUUCUGUUUCUCUGCUGCAUCGUGUUGUACAUUUGAGUUAAGUCUUUUUUUAAUAAAAGUUCCAUUUUAACUUUGAAAAGUAGGAAAGUAAAAUUUCUCCUUUGGGAUUUGUUGUGUAAAUUGUGAAAGAAUUUCCAUCUCUUUCUCCCUCUCUGUGUCUGGCUCUCAUGUUGAUAGCUUGAAGAAAAACUGCAGAUCUGAGGUCAGAGUAGAAAAGAGCUGAUGCUAACCUCAACCCCAGGCUAAAGGAAAGUAGCAGAAAAGAUCCUCCUGCCUUUGACGAGACAGAUAAGGGUUGAUCAGACCUGGCUGGUAUCUCCGGCCUUCAGGUUAGGACGAGCUGCGAUGUGACGGCAUCAAGUCAUAGAUGAGCUUUCUCACCAUCUCCUCCCUGCAAAAUUAGCAAGAUUAUUAUUUUUGUAGAGAAAUAAUAAUAAUAAUUACCAAAAAAAAAAAAAAAAAAAAGAAAAAAAAAAGAAUUUUAUUACUGUACAGCUUUUGUAUAAGAACAGACGGUAAGGUGUUACAGUGUUUUGUUUGACCUCAACUGUGCUGUGUGUAAUUGUUUAAUGCAUUUACAAUCAUAUUUAUUAAAUGGAAAGAAGUC